AUGUCUAGCUGGACACCUGGUCGAGGUCAUCAUCGUGGUGGUGGCGGGGAUAAUGGCGGACCGGGCAGCGGAAGAGGCGGUGCUGGACGUGGUCGAGGUAGGGGUGGUGGUGGACACGGUCACUCUGGCUCGCGCGGGAGAGGAACUUUCGCGCAGCAUCGCCAGCCUCGCGACUCCGGCUAUGCCUCGAGACAGCAUCGCAGCACUUCAAAUGUUGCGACUACGACCACUCCUACAGGCUCGUUCUGCUGUGAUCAUGUGGACGACAGCCCGCCCUCUUCAUCGGCAGACCCGACGACGUUACCGUACCGAUGCCCUUUUCGCGCACACUCUGCGCUUUCCCUCACGCUCCACAAAGCAGACCGCCACUUAAUCUAUCCAGAGGGAGGAAUCGAUGAACUCAAGCGACUCGAUCCAAUGCUGGUAGCAGAGCAGAGGGAGCAGCAGCGCCGGUUGCGUCAACAACAAAGGCGGAAUCCACAUCCUCUACCCUCAAGACCAAGCGGACCAUCCUGCAUAACAUCGAACAGUAGCAAGGACGACCGCGUCAACAACUCGGAAGAUAAUGGUGGCGAAUUAGAGACGAGCAGUUCUGACGUCGACGACUCUGACAGCUCCUCCGACUCCGAAGACGAAGACGAGGCCGUGGCCGAAGCAGACCAGCCAAAGCCCAGCAAAGCGCGAGAAACUGGACGCGCCCUCGAUGGGCCUGCAGACGCCACCAUCUCCGGUCUCAACAUCCAGCUCGACUCGCCGGAACUCAUUGCAGAGUGGAUUAGUCAACGCAAGAAGCGAUGGCCAACACAACAAGUGGUGGAGCAAAAGCUCAAGGAGAAGGAGGAGAGGCAGAAGCGCAGCGAAGCCAUCUACGGCCCACGCCCACAGCCCUUUGGCAAACGGCCACGGGAGGAGACACUACCAUCCGUACCCGCUCCUCGGGUCGGCGAAUCGGCACAAACUCCUGUACACGAUGACAAAAGGCAAAAGACGGACGCAACAUCCGGAGCAAGCGCUUAUCCUGACGCUAACGACAGCGAAGCGGAUGACGAUGCGCCGCCAGAAGAAGUGUCAUCGAAAGAAGCGGUCACUUCGCUUUCGGAGGAGCGAACCGCGGCUGCGACGCAAGCUCAUGCAAGCGAUGAUCGCGAUCGACGGCCCAUCUGUACGCACUUCCUGCAAAACCGCUGCAAUUAUGGCGAUCGUUGCAAGAAGCGACACGAGUCAAGCCCGAGCGCAUCAGCGCAGCAGCAGCAGCAACAACACCCCGCAAAACAGGCACGACGACCUCAUCCGAGACCGCCGCCGGCCAAUCCGUUCGAGCAGCCUGAUCUGCUGCGGCAGCUCCUACGCAAUGAAAUUGAGAAGCACGUCGAUGCCGUGGGACAAGCGAUCCGGUUCAUCGUCGAUAACGGCAUGCUGCUGCAUGUCGAGACCGAAGAGGGACAGGCAGAAGAGCAAAGGAGGAAGAGGGAAAAGAUUCAAGUUCUGCCUUCCAAAGUCGACGGUGCCGCUCAGCCGGAGAAGGGUGCUACCGAAGCGACGGAGACAGACACGAACGCAUUGUCGGUGCUAGCACAAGAGCCGAGUCUCAGUGAACCGGUAGUUCAAGGUGGCAUGGCGGUGAUCAAGCCAUCGACAUUCGACGCCAACGCAGCUCAAGGUGGAGCAUCUCUCUACCGUCCCACCUCACCUACGCUGCGUUCUCUCUCGGAGCUCAAGUAUCCACCCGAACCAGACCCGCUCAUCUUCCUCGACCCGCUCCGACGAGACGACCCCAAACCUCUCCUCCCCUCCCAACUAGUCCGUAUCGCCAAAGAUCCUGUCAUCCGGUCGGUGCUCACUCCCUGCACACCUCUCCACCCCAACGGCCACAAGCCACCAUCCCUCGAACGCGCCAUCAUGUCGCUCGACGCGCUCCCCACCGACCUCUACCGCAAUGCUGCCAUCGAGAUGAUCCUCGGUGUCGCCUCCUCUUCCUCGUCCAGCGCACCAUCGCACCACGGAGGUGGUCUGGUGGUGGUAUCCAAAGACGGGAGGAGGAAAGUGAGUGAGACGGAUCUGUUCAGGAUGGGGUUGAGGGUGGGAGGGGAUGAGGUGCUGGCGAUCAAGAAGCUGGCGGAUCGGUUGAGUGUGCUGUUGGACUCAAGUCUGCAGUUGGACGAGGUGGGCGAGGCGGAUUGGGCCCUGUUGACGCCGGAGCAGAGGAACGAGAUGCGAAAGCUGCACUACGAUAGGGAGGCGGAUCGGCUGGAUCGCUUGAGGAAGCUUGGUAUAGAUGUCUGA